GGUAUCGCUGCUUUUCAAGAUGGCUACCGCUUAAAGAAAAUUUGGUUGAUUUUGUAAGGUGUUUGAUAUUUCUUAACUUAAAUUGUGUGUAAAUGUAAGGAAGAAUGACGCCGAAGAAAAAGCAGCCUAAUGUGACGAGUUCAGAGUCAGCAUCAUCAAGCAAUAGUUCAUCAUCAUCUUCAAGUUCCUCUUCAUCAUCCGGAACUGAUUCCAGUUCAUCAGAUUCAGAGAAUUCUUCCACAUCCCAAGCAAGUGCAGCAAAGAGUGGUCAUGGAUCCACAGAUUCUGAUUCAUGCAACAAACUAUCUAAGAAGAAAUCAGUCUCUUCCAAAUCACAGAGCAACACUACUAACACCUCAAAUGAAACAGACACAGCAAAAAGUAAAGAAAAAGUACAGUUACCUAACAAAUCACGAACAUCAAAAUCAAACCCAAUUUAUUCAUCGGAGUCCGAAGAAUCUCAAGUGAAACCAAACCCGAAACGAAAGCCUCCGGCAAAACCUAAAGCGACUGCUACAGUAACGUUAGUCACAAAACAGACAAAGCAGACCCCCAAAACUACUAGUGCUACCGGUUCAAAACAAACUGCAGUUAAAGGUACCGGUAAUUCUAAUAGCGGAGGGAACAAGAAAUCAUCUACAUCAGACAAAGAUGCAGCAUCUAAGCCUUCAGCAUCCAGCAAGCAGCCGUCUGACACUAGUGCGCAGAAGAAGCUGAAGACGAAAAGUAUUUUUAGCCCCGAAAAUAGCAGUGAAAGUGAUGACCAGACAACGCCCCCUCCUAAGUUGAACCCGAUGAAAAAUACCGCCACAAAAAGUGCAGGUGCUGUGAAGCCAAAGGCAAAAGCAACUGUGAAAUCUGAAACUGUGCCAACCCCACCCAGCAAAUCAGGUGCCAGCUCCGUCUCUUCUACCUCUGCUUCGUCGGGAUCGUCAGAUAGCAGUUCGGAUUCAGAUUCGUCGGCAGAUUCGUCUGCCACUACGAAACAAACUCUCAAGAAGACUGCGGCUAUCAAGAAAUCAGCCGCUCCUCCCGGUGUUAGAUCGCGGGUUGAGACACCGCCGCAGUCAAAAGCACCGUCGUCAGCGGUCGAAUCAGGUCCUAUGUCUGAAAGCGAUGGUGAGGGCUCAAAGAGCGCUGUGAUCACACGGAAGCUCACCCGAUCAUUGAGCGCGCGCAGGAGCAAGCAUCUCGUGGGAAAGACGAGCGACACGGAAUCUGAAAGUGAGAGCAAGACGAGCGCAAGUGCUGCAAGCAAGUCUCCUGUAAAGAAAGCUGCCGGACCGAAAGGUCCAUGUCCGAGGAAAACUAAGGGUCGUAGCGGGGCUGCUAACAGCGACGCCUCACAGACUCCAGCUCUGGAGGAACGCCGCUGUCCUCUUGACGGGUGCGACUCGAUGGGACACCUCGGAGGGCGAGCUGAUAAACAUUUCACAAUUGACGCUUGUCCUAAGUACCACAAUAAAAUGUCACAAGAGUGUAAGGACACUUAUUUGGAACGUCGUAAACGAGAGGAAGAUCGUCGCAAGGCCGUGGCGGUGUUAAGCAAGAAGUCACCAAAGUCGCACCACUUGACAAUUGAACAGCGUCACUACCAGAUGAAGAUAAAGGAGUUGCGGGCAAAGUCCGAGCGACGCAGUAACAACAAUAAUAGCGAUCCCGAAACGGAUAGCAGUGCGCCCGAAGAGAAGGAUCGUGAACGUGAACCGCACCUUACGAACAUCACGUCUGAGUAUGACCUUAAGCUGUUCCAAGAAGCCCAGGCUGCCGCCAGCGAAAAGAUUGAAGAAGACUUCAAAAGCCUGCCUCACGUUAAGGGAACGAAAUACAUCGAAAUAGGGAAGUUUGAAGUCGAAGUUUGGUACCAGAGCCCGUAUCCAGACGACUACGCCCGAGUGCCGAAACUGUACCUCUGCGAGUACUGCCUGCGGUACAUGAAGAGUCGCACCAUCCUGAAGAGGCACACGGUUAAGUGCGUGUGGAGGCAUCCACCGGGAGAAGAAGUGUACAGGAAAGAAAAGUUGUCCGUCUGGGAAGUUGACGGCAAGCGAUACAAGCAGUAUUGUCAGAACCUGUGCCUCUUAGCGAAGUUCUUCCUGGACCACAAAACGCUCUACUACGACGUGGAGCCAUUCCUCUUCUACGUCAUGACGAUCGGGGACUCCGAGGGGUGCCACACCGUCGGCUACUUCAGCAAGGAAAAGAACUCCUUUCUAAACUACAACGUCUCUUGUAUCCUCACACUACCCCCGUAUCAGCGCCAGGGUUACGGUCGACUCCUGAUUGACUUCAGUUACCUCUUAACGCGGGUCGAAGGUAAAGUUGGAUCACCGGAGAAACCCCUCUCUGACCUGGGGCUCAUAUCGUAUCGAAGUUACUGGAAGGAUGUCCUCUUGGAGUACCUCUGCAACUUUGGCGGCAAGGAGCUCUCUGUCAAAGAUAUCAGUCAGGAGAUGGCAAUCAACUCUUACGACAUUGUGAGCACUCUGCAGGCACUGGGCAUGAUGAAAUACUGGAAGGGGAAACACAUCAUACUAAAGAAACAGGAUGUUAUCGAUGAAUAUGUAGAGCGCAUGAAAAAGAGGGGGUCCUUGUAUAAAGCGAUUGACCCCGCCUACUUGAAGUGGACCCCCUUCGUUGCACCAGCUGCUACGGGGCCCACCUGAUACUCGGAGAACGCUGUAGAUGUGUCCCGAGAAGAAGGUAAAGGUCAGGCGGUCGUGAAGUCUCUGUGACUUCGUUCCCCGAUACGAAAACUUAUAAAUCGUCGACCAUUUUCAAGGUCACUGUGAAAUUACAGGGUCUGUGUAUAUGUAAUUGUAUUAAAUACGUUUAUAUAUAAAAGAAAAUCGAAUAUCUUCUGGGGAAAUGUAUACAUAAUGUUGUAAGUGCCAAUAUGUUUAAUAAUAAUAAUAAUGUAAUUAAAUUUAGACUGUAAAGAUAAGGAAGGAUUAUGUCAGAUUUCGUUUUGAAGUGUUACAGAAUAUGUUAAUAUAACUCUGAGAAGAAUUUAAGAGUGUUUGUGUCGUGAUGUUCAGUGUGACUACGUGUGAAAAUGUGUUGUUACGUACAAGCCGAGGUCUGGAUAGGUCAGCCUCUGACCUCGCAUAACACAUUAACUGGUUUUUAGUUUUCUCUCUUGUGAAAUAUCCUUUUACUUUUUGAUUUUUAACUUUGAAAAUAAUAAUUGUAUUAGUCGUCAUUUUCAUCUUCAGAAAUUAAUUUAAGAACAAAUUUCAGUCAAAUCUGUAGUUUUCAUGGCGGUGAGAAUGUUUUUUUCCUUCUUCUGGGUUGUGGCGUGGAGGCUCGUAGAUAGUGUUCGACGUUUCAGAUAAAUAUAUUGUCUCCACCCUCAGUGUAUCUAGCGGCACGUGCACAUGGCCUAACCCAAAACAACAUCGUUCUUUGCACGAUUUAUUAUACUUGUAAUCGGCCGAUGUAGGGGUUGGUCAUUUUCAUGUGCCGUGCGAAGUCUGCUCAACAGUGAAAGGAUUCCACGAGGAAUGAAGUGUGAGGACUUAUUCCAUAAAGUACCUCGUGGUCGAUCAGCUGUUGUCAAAUCACUCAUCGACGAAGAGACUCAUACACUCCGUAACCCGAGUAUCGUACGGAAAAGUGUUUAGAUAUAAUGGUGUUUCGAUAAAACGUUUGUUAUGACAUUAUAUACAGAGUGUCCCACGUUACUCGGAACCCAUCUACCAGCACGCGACGAAUGUGUUCUGCGUUAUGACUCACUCAUUUCUCGGUAUUUCAGUCGCUACUGACGUGGCUUGCUGUCGUGGUGGGUUCCACGUUAAGUGGGACACUCUGCACGUUGCUACAGUUUGUACAUUGUAACAAGGCGAGACAUUAAGAGAGAAUUUCACUCAGGUAUCAAUUUGCUCACCAUAACAAAGGCAAACGUAUAUAAGUUUUGUGAGAUUUCAGGUUUUCACUGGCGACGAAUAUGAAGAUGGCUGUCUUCUGGGUUGUUGCACCGUGGAUACUGAUCGACGUUUCAGAGGAUAUCGCCCUGAUGAAGUAGAAACGUCAUCAGUAUCUACCAGACUACACGGUGCAACAAUCCAGAAGAAGCCAUCUUCGUAAACAAGUUUUAUAUUUGAUUGUGUUUAGAAAUAAUAUUUGUAUUGAUGUGUUUGGAAAGUUGUGCCGAUGUUAGGUUCAGAUUAAACUUGUAUAUAUACAGGUCUCCGAAAGACGUGUAUACGCAUUUAGUGAAUUAAUUAGAGACAGUUUAAUAAAUUAAACCAUUAAAUACGUUAGCAUUGAAACUUAGUGAAUUAGCUAAUACGCUGUAGAUGUUAAAUAACCACUAAAGUUACUGCUGUUUAUAAAUAUUUUUGGGACACCCUGUAUAAUUUUGCCUCGUGUUUGAAACUUGAAGUAGAGCAGUAACUAUGUCGAGUUCGUUAAUACAGAGAGAGAGAUUUGUAUUUUUACGAAUUCAAAAGCGUGUGAAAAUAUUUUGCUUCUCUAAUGAGUUGUAAUGUAGGCAGUGUAAUCAAUCGCACAUUUUACGUAGCUCAUUAGAUUUGUUGAAUACGGUUACUGUAAAAAUUUAUUCUUCGAUAAAUUCCCGUAACAGUGAGCCAAAUGGUGUGAAGUCCGGUGAACGUGAUGGCCAAGACAAUUUUUUUUUUUCCGGCACAGCUACUCUGUUGUCCCGGGAACUCAGAAUUUACAUUACCUUCUCCGCGGUCUUGUAAUCUGUGUCUAAUACAGCGUAACCGAUUGCGUAGAAUGGUACGAAGUUUUUACACGCGCCCCCAAAAAUUCUUAAAUUCCAUUUCCAAAAUCUGUAUGCAAAGUGAAAUAUAAUUGUGUUUUUGUAUGGAAAUAUUAGUAACAUGUAAGUGGAGAAUGGCUGGUCCAAUCUCGGAGAAAUUUUUCAUAUUUAUGCAGUGAAAUUGACCUUGAGGUGACUAGGCUCUACAUUUCAUGCAAAGCUUUAGAGAUUUUUUAAAUUCCAUAUCCUCUCUCCGUUGUUCAGCCAUGAUUUAGAGGAUUUGAUCGAAUAAAUGUGAAUAGUACGAUAAUCAAUGACGCCGUGUAACGUAUAUGUAAUACAAUUUGUCUUAAGGAAGUAAAUGUUUUUGUUUCUAAUUGUA